AUGGAGAGAUCGAUUAUUGAUUGUUGCAAGAAAUUAACUUCGGAGAAGCAAACCGAGCGAAAGAAUGCUGCUGAGAAAAUACAGCUAUUAUUACAACAUGAUGAGGUUAUUCAAUUACUAGACAGCAGGACAAUAAAUUCCUCUUCUGGUCUGGAUGCAAUUACAUGGAAUGAAGUGUACGAGUCCGUUUGUAGCUUUGUCCGUCUUGAAGCAGAAGCGUUAAGCAAAUCUAGCACAAAAGUAUACCAUGCAUCAUCAUCGCUGCCUUCACUGGAGAAACGUAAAACGGUCCAAAUCACAAGUGAUUGA